UUUGUCACUUGUUGUGAUAUAUAUUUUAUUCAUUGAUCAUGGCCAAGAUAUCAUGUUCUUAUUUCCUCCUAGUACUCAUUCUUGUGUUCUCAGUGGUUGAGGAAGCUAAGGGGAAACUAUGUACUAUAAUCAUUAAUCCAAAAACUCCAUAUUGUGAUCUUGUUGACUGUCGUCUUUCCUGCUAUGAUGGGUACAAUGGAGUUGGAAAAUGUUUAAAACCCAAAUUUGGUAAAGAUCCUAAGUGUUUUUGUACCUAUAAUUGUUAAAGAGACCAAUUCUGAAUAAUAUUGUAAUGUUUUUUUAAUUAAGAUAAUAAUUAUGCUUGAAUCUAUA